CCUACCAGCAACUAAACGCAGCAGAAGGUCAUUAUUACUGAAUACUAAAUUCUGAUUGCUCUGGCGAUUACAUCACUGGGACUUGUAUCGACGGGUGCUUGCAAUGCAGGCUCUUUAUAAUCGACGCUAUAACUACUCAAGGCUGACGGAAGAAGGCGAGAUAAGACUCUUAAAGAUCUACCCCAAGACGGAUGGAGAUGGAGAAAUUUGCUGUGAUGUCUUCAACAUCUGUCUUAAAGACCACCCCAGCUAUAUUGCCCUCUCAUACACAUGGGGUGCCCCGACACCCGAAGCAUUCGUCAAAGGUGCUACCAGCGUUCCCGACCGUCAUGUCAAGUGCAACGGAGACUUUAUCUACAUCACUAAAAACCUUCACGAUUUCUUCACUAGGGUGCGCGACGUUCGUAAACUGUAUACAAGAAGUUUCUGGGUUGAUGCAGUGUGCAUAAAUCAGGAAGACGAACUCGAGAGGGCUAGCCAGGUCGGUUUUAUGGCAUCAAUCUACCGCUCUGCGGACAUGGUCAUUUCCUGGCUUGGCGAGCAAGACGCACAUACUAAGGACGCCUUUUGGCUUAUCAGAGCUAUAGGGAUAGCAACAGUUUCGGAAGACGCGACUACAAACAAUACAGCGUCUGAGGACUCUGUUGAUGUUUGCGGCCGAUUUUUAGAGGCUCCGGAAUGGAUUUCACUGGAGGAGUUUUGGAAACGUACGUACUUCACGCGGGCAUGGGUUAUUCAAGAAAUUGCUCUGGCAAAGAGGGUUAUUAUUAUGUGUGGUGGACACACUGUAGACUGGGAUCAUAUCGUUCAGGUAUCACGGUAUUUGACGCUCCCGCCGUGGAAAUGGGUGUCAUACAUGAAGUCCAGCAUCCGAAAAGACGGCAGAGAAGCAAGCCACUCUCUGCCACUAUAUCUUAAUUCGAAUCGCAAAAUGGUUUUGUCAGAGAAACGAAGUUCCCUACUGCACAUCCUUAUCAAGUCGCGACGAUUUCAUUGCCUGGACCCCAGGGACAAGGUAUAUGCCUUACUCGGUCUUCUAGGAGGUCGAACACAAGGAGAAACCCGUCUUAAGCCUGUUUAUAAGGAUCGCCCUGUCAGCAAUGUCUAUAUAUCCACAGCGAUAUAUGUAUUAGAGGACACGGAAGAUUUGUUGCUUCUCGCCCACGCAGAGGGCAAAGACUUCCGAAAUAUCAAGGACCUCCCAUCCUGGGUACCGGACUGGUAUCUUCGAAUUCACGAGGCUGAGAGAUACCUAAUUGUCCGCGGUGUGUGGCUCGACCGGGUCGCGCAAGUUGGAGAAUCCAAGGAUGAGGCGACUAAUCAUAAAGGUCUUGCAUAUUUUCCUGGUUGGAUCGCUAUACUGUUAGCCCUCCCUCUGAAGUAUCACACGGGUCAACCAAAAGCCGAAGUAUUCUGGAGAACGUUAAUAACAGAUACAGCUGCCCGUAUUCCUCAGCCAGCACACCACCCAGCGCCAGAUGAGUUUGGUUGUGCAUUUUCCGACUGGAUUCUUCGGAUCGUUUCGGAAUGGACUGACAAGCCACUGUCUGCGGAGAAGACAGAUUUCUUGGACCAACUCUAUCAACUAGGUGACUCUGAUGAGACAGGCCUCUUCCCGUAUGCUGCUGGUGAACAAGGCAAUGGACCGAGAAAAAUUAGUAACAUCUGUCCCGCGCAUACUGGAACAAGCGAUGUGCCUAACGGUGAUGCUUAUGAAGUCCAUUUAAACUACUCAUCUCAAACAAGGCUUUUACGGACAGAUUCUAAUUACCUAGGCCUCGCUACAACAUCCAUAAGAGAACGAGACUCAAUAUGGAUUAUAGCUGGAUCCCGGGUCCCGCUUGUUCUGCGAGAAGCGGAUCAGCGAGAUGCGUACCAGGUUAUCGGGGGGGCUUAUAUCCACGGAUUCAUGCAGGGAGAGGCAUUGAAGCUUGGCAGUGAAUUUACGCUUAUUAAGCUGUUGUAG